UAUUUAUGAUGUAUAUGGCUGUCUAGAGACAAUCUUUAUUUUAAUCUUAAUACAGGAUGCUGCGCAUUAUAUUCAUAUCACAACCUUAAUGUGGAAAGAUAAAUAAAGGAUAAUACCAUGAACAAUAAUGUAGGUUUUAAAAAGACAGAAGGUGCAGAAAAAGGAUACAACUUUCCGCAAACAUAUAUAUUAAGUUCGUAAAUAUUUUGGAUCAUAAAACAUGUAAUAAACUACUUGAUUAACUACAGCAUUUAGUUCUAAGGAGGCGGAAGGGUGCCCAUGCUUUUCUUCCAUGUUACCAGAGGGAUGCUACCACAACAGGGGAAGGCUGCAGCGCCCUCCCCAGAUUCUUAAGCGUAAAAACUUAUAAUCACAACAAGAACAACAGAGAGAUCGCAAUAUUCGCUCCGAAUAACGUUGAUAUACUUAUUGUCGAGCUUAAUUCACAAGAUUGACAAGUGCGAGCUUCCGGACGUUUGAAAUGUUUGAUGUUAGAUGUAAAACAGUCGCUCCGCAUAGUUUAAUAAACUUGACAAAACCUGUGCCAGAUAAAUAUAAGUUUGGAAACGUUUAAUAUAUAAAACGGCAGUGUUUAUUUCAAUAUUUGCUGAUCGCAAAGAUCUACUGGAGUGUUAUCUCGGCUUCAAAUAUAACGUCAGUUAACAAACUUGACGUAACUGACAAUCGAAGAUUAGUUAAAGAGUUGACUGGAGAUCUUAUGUAGGUUUCACGUUUAUUUUCAUUCACGCCAUAACCUGGUAGUAGAAAUGUACCAAAAGGUCGGUCGCUUCUUGGAAAGUGACGAGAACGAGGCAAAUUUGACCCUCGAAGAGCUGAAUGAUGAAUUGUUUCAAUACCAUAUACCGGCCAUCGUAUUUGUGAUCAUCAGUAUGGUAGUCGGAGUUUUCGGGAACACGCUUGUCAUUCUGAUCUACAAGACCAAGUUUCGCCGGUCCAACCACAGGUACUUCAUCCUGUUUCUCGCCGUGACGGACUUCGUGGCUUGCGUUACUGGUAUGCCCUUCCUGGUGGCGAGUCUCCGCCUGCCGUACCUCAUGACAUCGUCAGUCACGUGCAAGACACUGCGAUACUUCCAUUACUUCGUCAACAACUGCUCAGGGCUGCUCCUCGUGGUCAUUGCCAUCGAGCGCUUCAGGAAAAUUGUUCGCCCGUUCAAAAGGCAGCUUACCACGCGCCAGACACUAUAUCUCUGCUAUGGCACGAUGUUUAUAAGCGCAAUUAUGGCCGUUCCAGCACCGAUUUACUUCGAUGCCACAGAUAUAGAUACAGGUGUUCAAAACAUAACCGGAAAACAGUGUUACGUAAGCCCUAGUUCGAAAAAAGGAUUCGAAAUGUUUAACUUUAUCCUGAUGCUUGAAGCAUUUGCCAGUAUGGUAAUAUUUGCUGUACUGUACUCUCUGAUAGUGCGAAAACUUUGCACAAGCGACCAGUUUGUGCAGGCUAUGAAGAGUAUGCGAUCAGUAUCCUCUAUGGACUCUGGACGUAAAGGGAUAAACUCCUUGGAGGACCAUUCAGUGGACAUAAUGGACACGGAGACACCGACCCAUUCUGAAAUAUCACAGGAGCCGUCGGUCAAAGGGGCAGUGUCACUUAAAUCAUCCACACAGACCGAAUACACGAGUAACGACAAUGGGACGACACAGUCUACAGUGUCGUUAAAUACAGAUGUAGAAUCUCGAAACAAUGGUCACGUGACAGGAAGGAAUGCGAGGGCGUUGUGGCGAAAAUCAGUUGACCUAAUUGGAAGGAACAACCAUAAUGAGAAGCAGAAUGUUGUCACUCGUGCCCAAUCUGAUGUGAGGCUAAACAGAAUAAGACAACCGAAGACUUCAAACACAAGGUCCCAUGUCGAGCCAUUUGAAGUGUUAAUAAGGAAGAAAAGAUCUCAGGUCAAACGUGCAUCAAAGCAUAAAAGCUCGAAGACAACUAUUCACGUGACCGUCAUGUUGUUUACCGUUUCGAUAUUUUUCGCAAUAGCCUUCAUUCCACAUCUGGCUUUGAUGAUUAUAACUGUUCACGACAAAAAGUUCCUGAACAUUUUAGACAAAAAGGAAACUAUGGCGUACCAUUUGUUUCUCAGAAGUUUUAUAAUCAACAACAUUGUUAACCCGUUUAUCUAUCUGUUAUGUGAUUCACAAUUCAAGAAAGAAGCAAAACUGUUGCUAUGUAGGAGUUGCUUAUCGUCGCGAUGAGUAACGGAAGUUGGGCAUCGUUUCUUUUGAUUUAGUCUUUACUCGUAUAAACCAUGACUGGAUCCAGGGGAAGUAAGGGGAGGGGCGGCAUACACGGCGUGUCCCCCUCCUCAUCCAAGUGAACAUUUUAUAUUGAUAUAGAAAGAAAAGAUGCAUACAUUACACCAAAAUGCACAUUUUAGACUAAAAUUACCAAAAACAAAAAUAUAUGUUCCGAGCCUAUUUUGGGAUGCACCCCCAAGUGCUAAAGUGCUACCCCUCUAACUUCAAAGCCUGGAUCCGCCCCUGUAUAUCAUUUUGUUUUGUAAGGUUUGUACUUUUUAAAAUAAAGACAAAG